UCACAAUUAUUAUUCAUGAUUUUUAUUCUAUAUUUUUUAAAUAAUUAAACACAAUGUCUUAUGUAAAUAAGAAAGAGCGCAUUUUCCGCCAUGGAUUUCCACCAUAUGAUUUACCUCGAACUCGAUCAGAGGCCAGAAUGAAAAAGUAUUGGUCCGCCACCGACCGUAGAGCUUGGUGCGAUGAAGUGGAACUUCGAAGGCAACAUAUUUUGGAAUAUGAUGCUAGAAGUAAAGGGCAAAUUUGCAUGGAGAAUUUCUUACCCUUGGAUCUGCUCUUUAAUGCAAUGGCCGGAAACGCUGACGAAGAAAUUGCCAAACUUGAAAAAAGAAUCGAAUAUUUGGAAGCGAUGCUGGAUAUUUACAAAGGACUAGAACUUACACCCGAACAGAAACAACAGCUCGAUCAACUGAAUAAAAAAUUAGAUGAAGAGAGACAGAGUCUAAAAAAGGCUCAACAAGAACGUGGUGAAAGAGAACCGAAGGGCCGAAAAAAAAGAAGAAGAACUAAAGAAGAUUCGGGCCAAUCAAGAGAUGAAGUCCCAAAAGGUGAUCAGCAAAAAAGGAAACGUCUGAGUGGUAGUGAACCAAUAGGCAGGUCACAACCACAGCGCGUUACAGAUAAACGAGGACUAGACACUUCAGACUCUGAUGUUCCCAAAGAUCGACCAGAAAGGAGGCCUUCAAAGAAACAACGACAAAGUCAAAAACCUCCACAGACAGCUGGUGAAAGUAAGCCAGCUCAAGAAAGUAAAGGUGUGCCAAGGGGACGAGGAAGAGCAAGAGGUGAGGCCUUGGUAAGAGAUCAUGGUAAACCAACUGAAGCAAAACCAGGUUAUGAUCAUGAUAGAGCUGAUGCUCGAAAAGUUGAUGGAACAAAGGCAAAACCAACAGAUUCUUCAAGAAAUCUAACUCCUAUAAAAGCUAGUCAAAGGGAAGAAGGUCAAAAAGACGGUAGUGAAGCAAAAAGACCCAAAGUUCAUAAAGAAGGUCCUGGAGGUGGUGGUGGUAGUGGAUCAACAAAGUCAGAGCCUGUGAGGUCUGGUGGUCAAGGAAGUCCAAAGACUGUAGAUGAUCGUCCAGUAUCUAAAAAAGCGGCACCAACACCAGUAGAAAGAAAACAAGGGAUAAAAGCAGGAGAAGGGGAGAGACCGGCUAGGGGACGUGGAGCCAAUAGAGAUGGUACAAUACCAACAACUUUAAUUGGUAGAAAAACGGGAGAUAAGGAAGGUGACACUGUUAGACCUUCUUCUAGAACAGGUCCAAAUAGAGCCGGCGACUCCAGUUUAUCACCUGUUCAAACUGAAAAAGCUAAGGGAACAAAAUUGGAUGAUACAAGAACACCCACUAAAGGAACAGGAAAGACAGCUGAUAGCAGUGGCUUACCCACCUCAGAACGAGGUACAGGCAAAUCAGAUAUCGCCGGAAAACCUAGUGAAGCUGAAAAAAUCCAAGCAGAAAAAUCAGGUGAUGUAUCAAGCGAAAGAAAAAGGAAGGCGACUGACAGCAGUAGCAGGCCAACUUCUCGAGGUGGUACUGGUAGAACAGAUGAUUCGAGAUUGCCCAGUGACAGUGAAAGACCCAAGGCAGCAAAAUCCGGUGAUGCAGGUAAACCUAGUGAGAAAAGGGGGACAGAGGAUACCAGUGACAAGCCAACUUCUCGACCAGAUAAGGCUAAAGCAGACGACUCUGGAUUGACACCUAAAGGCAUUGAAAAAGCCAAAGCACCAAAAUCGGGUGAUGCAGGCAAACCAAGUAAAGGAACAGAAAAAACAUGGGAUACCAGUGGCAGGCCACCCUCUCAAGAAGGUGCAGGUAAAACUGAUAAGUCGGGGUUACCUAGUGACAGUGAAAGAGCCAAAUCCCCAAAAUCAGGUGAUGCAGGCAAACGUAGUGGAGAAAGAGGAAAGGCCUCGGAUACCAGUGGCAGGCCAACUUCUCGAGAAGGUACAGGUAAAGCUGUUAAAUUGGGGUUACCUAGUGACUCUGAAAGAGACAAAUCCCCAAUAUCGGGUGAUGCAGGCAAACCUCGUGGAGAAAGGGGGAAGGCCUCUGUAAGCAGUGGCACGCCAACUUCUGGAGCAGGUACCGGAAAAGCAGAGGACUCCAAGACUCCAAGAUUAACUCCUAGUGGCGCUGAAAAAGCCAGAGGAGCAAAAUCGGGUGAUGCAGAUAAACCUAGCGAAGGAAAAGGAAAGGCAGCGGAUAGCAGUGGCAGGCCAGCUUCUGGAGCAGGUGCAGGUAGACCAGAUAGUUCUGGAUUGACAAGUGAAGGUGACAGAGCUAAAGGACCAAAAUCGGGUGAUGCAGGUAAACCCAGUGAAAGCAGAGGAAAGGCAAUAGAUACCACUGGUAAACAAUCUCCUCAAGGAGGUACAGAUAGAGCAGAUGAUUCGACAGUACCUAGUGACACUAAAAGAGCAAAAUCUCCAAAAUCGGGUGAUGCAGUCAAAGCUAGUGAAGGAAAGGGAAAAAUCACGGAUAGCAGUGGCAGGCCAGCUUCUGCACCAGGUACAGGUAGAGCAGAUGACUCCGGAUUAACAGCUAGUGAGGGUAAAAGAGCUAAAAGCCCGAAAUCGGGUGACGCAGACAUACCUAGUGAAGAAAGAAAAAAGGCAGCGGAUCGCAGUGCUAGCCCAACUUCUGGAAAAGGUACGAGUAAAGUAGAUGAUUCUGGAUCUACACCUAGUGGUGCUAGGGAGUUGAGAGCCAAGGGAACAAAAUCGGGUGAUGCAGAUAAACCAAGUCAUGGAGAAAGAAAGGCAACGGAUGGCAGUGGCAAGCCAACUUCUAUAGCAGGUACAGGUAAAGCAGAUGACUCUGGAUUGACACCUAGUGGCACUGAAAGAGCCAAGGGAGCCAAAUCCGCUGAUGCAGUCAAACCUAGUGAAGGAAAAGGAAAGGCAGCGGAUGGCAGUGAAAAGCCAACUUCUCGAGGAGAUAAGGCCAGAGUAGAUGACGCUGGAUUGGCAUCUAGAGACGCUGAGAAAACUAAAGGAGCAAAAGCCGCUGAUACAGUUAAAUCUGGUGAAAGAAUAGGAAAAGCAGAGGAUAGCAGUAAAAGGCCAACUUCUCGGGCAGAUAAGACUAGAGGAGAUGACUAUGGAUCUGGAGGAAUACCUAAAGGUGCUGAAAAUGCCAAAGGAGCAAAAUUCGGUGAUACAGUUAAACCUAGUGAAAGAAAAGGAAAGGCAGAUGGUAAUAAUCGCAAUGAAAGGCCUACUUCUCGAACAGAUAAAACUAGAGAUGACUCUGGAUUGACACCUAAUGAUGCUGAAAAGGCCAAAGGAGCAAAAUCCGGUGAUACAGUUAAACCUAGUGAAGGAAAAAGAAAAGGGGAUGAGGAAAAUUGCUACCUGGGGAUUUUUUGA